AGAGAAUCUCCUGUUAAAAAAGAGAUGGGUGAAGACAAUAUGGAUGAUGAUGAUGAUGAAAGUGAAGAUGAAUGGGAGGACGUGGAAGAACUCCAGGAACCCGCCACAGAUAAGUUAGAAGAAGCGGCUGUUCUUCCAGCAGCGGUGCUGCCAAGCAAUCCUGUCGAGAUAGAGAUUGAAACCCCAGAGCAGGUGAAGAAAAGAGAGAGGAGAGAAAAAAGGAAAGCCGAAUUUGAGCUGUAUCUUCGGAGAAUGAUGAAACGUUUCUGCAAGGAGGUUCGUGAGGACACACAUAAGGUUCACCUGUUGUGUUUAUUAGCAAAUGGUUUCUAUAGGAACAGGAUCUGCAGCCAGCCAGAUCUUCAUGCCAUUGGUCUGUCCAUCAUCCCCACCCACUUCACAAAAGUGCCUGCAGGCCGCGUGGACCUUCUCUACCUUUCCAACUUGGUGAAAUGGUUUGUUGGAACCUUCACUGUCAAUGAUGAGCUUUCCACUGAAAAAGGAGAGCCCCUUCAGUCGACCUUGGAGAGGCACUUUGCUAUCUACGCUGCACGAGAUGAUGAAGAGUUGGUUCAUAUAUUUUUAAUUAUUCUGCGAGCAUUGCAGCUGCUGUGUCGCCUCGUGCUGUCUUUUCAGCCUAUUCCUCUCAAGGAGACAAGAGCAAAGGGAAAAAGCUCAUCCACGAGGCAGUCUGUCAGUGGUACCUCUGAGGGGCAGGAGAGCUCCGCCACAACACCCAAAGCUGUGGCAAAAAAAUGCCCCUGCAGAAAAGCCAGACAGGAUGAAAAGUCCUCAGAGAGCGAAGAAGACACCAAGGAGCCAAAGAAACGCAAAACUGCUCAGACCAAAAGGACACACAAGUCAAAGUUGACUACAGGCAGCCAGGAACAGAAGGAAUCUAGUAAUGAAGAGAGCAGUUUAGCAGAAAAAGAUGUGCCAGCCAGGCCCAAGAAUGAUCGCCGAAGACGAGUGGCCUCCAAAGUGUGUUACAAAGAAGAGAGUGGAAGUGAUGAGGGCAGUGUUUCGGACUUUGAGGUUUCAGAGGAGGAGAGCGAUGUCUCUGAUGAGGAUUUUGAAACUGUCUCUAAAAGGCGGAGGAGCUCACUGGGUUCCCAGAAGCCAAAGGUAACAGCUAUAAAAAGCCCCAAACUUGAGACUUCAGAAUCAAGGCUAUCCAAAAAUUCAUAUGGCGCUGAGCCGAGGCCAGCAAAAAGUACAGCUCCAGCCUUGCCUCAUGCACAGAGAAAGAGAAACAAAAUAAUUUCUAGUGAUGAGGAAGAUGGCCAGCAGGAGGUAAGGAAAGCGAUGGGCACAGACCAGUGGCUGGAGGUUUUCCUUGAACGUGAGGAGAAGUGGGUGUGUGUAGACUGUGUUCAUGGCAACGUUGGCCAGCCCCAGCUGUGCUUCACAUAUGCCACAAAGCCGCUUUUCUAUAUCGUGGGAUUUGACAAUGAUGGGAGUGUCAGGGAUGUGACGCAAAGAUAUGACCCAGUGUGGAUGACGGCAACAAGGAAGAGUCGUGUGGACCCCGAGUGGUGGGAGGACACGCUGCAGCCGUAUAGAAGUCCCUAUGUGGAAAGAGACAAGAAGGAGGAAAAUGAGUUUCAAGUUAAGCUUCAAGAUCAGCCUCUCCCAACAGCAAUCGGAGAGUACAAAAACCACCCUCUUUAUGCGCUGAAGAGGCACCUCUUGAAAUAUCAGGCGAUCUAUCCCGAGUCAGCCGCUGUCCUAGGGUACUGCAGGGGAGAGGCUGUCUACUCCAGAGACUGUGUACACACGCUGCACUCCAAGGACACUUGGCUGAAGCAAGCUCGAGUGGUGAGGAUUGGAGAAGUGCCUUACAAGAUGGUGAAAGGAUUUUCCAACCAGGCGAGGAAGGCGCGCCUUGCAGAGCCUGCAAACCGGGACAGAGAGGACCUGGCACUCUUUGGUCGCUGGCAGACAGAGGAGUAUCAGCCGCCUAUAGCAGUGGACGGAAAGGUUCCUCGGAAUGAAUAUGGAAAUGUCUAUCUCUUCCUGCCAUCCAUGUUACCCGUUGGCUGUGUGCAGCUGAGACUCCCAAACCUGAACCGAUUGGCGCGGAAGCUGGACAUCGACUGUGCUCAAGCCAUCACUGGAUUUGAUUUUCACGGCGGCUACUCGCACCCAGUUACUGACGGCUACGUCGUCUGUGAGGAGUAUAAAGAGGUCCUCAUUGCCGCCUGGGAGAACGAACAAGCAGAAGUAGAAAAGAAGGAGAAGGAGAAGCGUGAGAAAAGAGCUCUGGGGAAUUGGAAGCUGCUGACAAAAGGACUUCUCAUCAGAGAGAGACUGAAGCAACGCUACUCUGUCAAGAGCGAACCGUCAGCACCUGAGGCAGAGAAAGGAGCGGGAUUCUCUUCUGACGAUGAAGGAGGGCCGAGUUCAGAGACUGCAGUGGGGAAGGCGGCCAUUUCUUGGCCCCAAAAUCGCCAGUUGGAGAAGAAAGAAGAAGAGAAGACAACCAGAAAGAGCAAGCGAGAAAAGAAAGGAGAAGCAGCACAGUUGUUCCCCUUUGAGAAACUGUGA